AUGCUAUCAUCGAAAGUUAAAGAAGAAGAAGAAACAAAUAUAUCACAUAUUCUCUUUGGCAUUGGAGGGUCCGUUAAAACAUGGCACAAUCGCUCGCGUUACUCUGAUCUUUGGUGGAGACCAAAUGUAACGCGAGGGUUUGUGUGGCUCGAUCAGGAGCCACACAAAAAUGAGUCGUGGCCCGAAACUUCUCCACAUUAUAGGGUGUCUCAAGACACCUCCGAAUUUGAGUACAAUUGUUAGUAGGGGCGCAGGUCAGCUAUAAGGAUCGCGAGGAUUGUGAAGGAGAGUUUUGAACUAGGGUUAACAAAUGUGAGAUGGUACGUGUUGGGAGAUGACGAUACAAUAUUUUUUACGGAGAAUUUAGUGGCGAUUUUGGGUAAAUACGAUCACAAUCACAUGUAUUAUAUUGGUGGAAAUUCCGAAAGUGUGGAGCAAAACGUGGUGUGUUCGUAUAAUAUGGCGUUUGGUGGCGGCGGCAUUGCCAUUAGCAACCCUCUCGCGGCAGAGUUAGUAAAGAUUUUAGACGGUUGCAUUAAUCGCUACCAUUAUUUGUACGGUUCGGAUCAAAGGAUCGGUGGUUGUAUGGCUGAGAUUGGCGUUCCUCUCACACAUGAACUUGGUUUCCAUCAGAUGGAUAUAACAGGAAGCCCACGAGGGCUAUUGGCAGCACAUCCGGUGGCGCCGCUAGUGUCGCUGCACCACUUAGGCACUCUACGUCCCCUAUUUCCGUCAACGAACCGCCUCGACUCGGUGAAAAAGCUCGUAAAGGCUUACGAAAAGGACCCGAGUCGGGCGGUACAACAAACAUUGUGCUAUGAUUUAAAUAGAAAUUGGUCAUUUUCAGUGUCAUGGGGCUAUUCAGUGCAAUUAUAUCCAUGGCUAAUAAAUGCAAAAGAAUUAGGGCUACCAAUGCAAACGUUCAAGAUAUGGUUAGGUUCUAAAGAGCCAUUCACAUUUGAUACUCGGCCCAAUUAUUUAGAUCCAUGUAAAAGGCCCAUUGAGUUCUAUUUGGAUCAAGUUAUUGGGCUUCAAAAUGGUGAAACGUUUACAAGUUAUAGCACUUUUAUUGGUCAUGAUUCUAAUUCUAAUAAGAAAUUAUGUGAGAACCAAAAGUUCAAAUCAACAUUAACAAUUCAUAUGGUUAAUGUUACGGCUCCGAUCUUAUCUCCCCUAGUAUGGAGACAGGCGCCACGUAGGCAAUGCUGCGAAGUAAUUGAUGUUAUUGGAGGAGUGCUAAAUAUGAAAAUUAGAAGUUGCAAUCAAUGGGAAGCUGUAACGGUGCCGUUUCAUGACAAGUAUGGAGACUUUGCUUACAAUCAAAAAAUUAUUUAA